UCUUUCCAUUCUCACCUCCGCCGGCACUCUCUCCGGUUACUCUGUGAGUCAUCUCUCUCCGUCCGCUUUCUUUUCCAGCUGAAGAACGAACGAUGGCCACUCAGGCUGCUGCUGCCGCCUCAUUCAAUGGCAACCUAAAGAAAGCUAUGGCAGGUAUCAAGCGUAUCAAUCUCGACGGUCUUCGUUGGCGAGUUUUUGAUGCCAGAGGCCAGGUUCUUGGUAGACUAGCAUCCCAGAUAUCAACCGUGCUUCAAGCCAAAGACAAGCCAACUUACUGUCCCAACCGCGACGAUGGGGACAUCUGUAUUGUUCUCAAUGCUAAGGAAAUUGGCUUCACAGGAAGAAAGCUCACCGACAAAUUCUACCGUUGGCAUACCGGGUACAUUGGACACCUGAAGGAACGGAGUCUGAAAGAUCAGAUGGCCAAAGAUCCCACAGAGGUCAUACGCAAGGCUGUCUGGCGCAUGCUUCCAAGUAACAAUUUGCGUGAUGACAGGGAUCGGAAGCUAAGGAUAUUUGAAGGUGGUGAGCAUCCCUUUGGAGACAAGCCACUUGAGCCAUUUGUGAUGCCACCUCGUAGAGUUAGAGAGAUGCGACCGCGCGCAAGGCGAGCAAUGAUCCGUGCCCAGAAGAAGGCAGAGCAGGCAGAAAUUGAUGGGACAGAGGUAAAGAAAGGAAAGAAGAGGACCUCCUCUCAAGUAACUGCGUAGAAGGAUUACUUCAGAGAAACCUAGUAAUGCGACUAGUCUUAUUAUCUGUAAGCAAGGUUCAUAAUGAAGGCGUGAAUAAGUUUUUAAGGCUCUUGUUUAUUGAGUACUGGACAGUACACAUGGACCUGUUUCUAUCACGCAUGAACCGUCUUGCUGGAACAUGGAUUUGCUACUGGUUAUCUUUCAGUUUUCGUUGUUGCAAA